AUGCCUUUUCGAAGAGUAUCUUCAACCAGCAAGGUCCAAAGUCCUGAAAGGGGGCCACCCGAAUUGGAUGUAAGUUUCAUAGGGUGGUGGAGAGUAAAUGUACUAGCAAUGAAAGAGAUACACUUGAAGGACUCUUGGCAAAGGAAUCACGAGAAUUACCAUAUGGAUGAAAGAAAAUGGCUUGAAGUUCGCUCCUGCGAUGACGGAAGUAGUUAG